AUGCUUCCACUACACACUCACGACGAUUCUAAAGCUUUCACUCGGCGAUGGCUAGGGCGCCCACUGGCCAGAUGGAUCGUCCUAGGUCUGGUUCUCAUCACAGGUCUCUGGCUUCUGGCGCCUGUAAAUCUCGCAUUCGUUUCACCACUUCAAGACGUGCCGAGCACCACCACAUUGCGUCCCCCCAUCUUGGAUGAGUCUCUUCUAUGGAAUCAACGUGCUGCACAUGUUCGGGAAUCAUAUUUGCAUGGAUACAAUGAGUACUUGAAGUACGCUUCGGGUCACGAUGAGGUUCUCCCUUUGAGCAAGGGAUGGAAGGACAACUUUAAUGGCUGGGGUGUCUCGAUGAUCGACUCAAUGGAUACCAUGUGGAUCAUGGGCCUCCGAGACGAGUUCGACAACGCAGUUCGGGUCGCAUCUCAACAGAACUUCACUACAGUUUCUUCAACGUACGCGCCGUUCUUUGAAACGGUCAUCCGCUACCUCGGGGGGCUGCUAUCAGCCCACGCCCUUUCUGGAGAGGCGAUACUUCUGGAUCGCGCUAAUGACCUUGGCAACCGUAUGCUGCCCGUCUUCGACACGCCAUCUGGUCUUCCUCGAUUCAGUGUCAAUACUGCGACCGGUCAGACUGCUCUUGGCUGGACGGGCAACGCCGUGUUGUUUUCCGAAGCCACAAGCUGCCAGGUCGAAUAUAAGUACUUGGCUCAUGUCACUGGGCGCUCCGAAUAUUAUGAUAAGGUCGAGAACAUUAUGGACAAAAUGUACCACGCUAAUGUCUCUGACGGAUUAUUUACUACGAGGUGGGAUGCCGCAGAUGCAUCGCCUAUGAAUAAUCAUUUCUCCGUCGGCGCGUCGGCAGACAGUGGAUACGAGUACCUGCUCAAACAGUACCUCAUCAGUGGGAAGACUGAACCCCGGGCCAAAGACCAAUAUCUCGCGUCUACUAACGGUAUCAUCAAUAAACUCCUUUAUAUCUCUCCACACCGCAAGCUGCUCUACGUGACUGACGUUGCAUCAGGGCGACCUAUCUACGAUCUCCAGCACCUCUCCUGCUUCCUCCCAGGCCUCUUUGCACUCGGCGUGCACGCCCUCGACCUCUCUCCGCGGGACAAAGAGCUCCACACAUGGGUCGCGCAAGGGCUGGCCUAUACGUGCUGGCUCACAUACGCAGACCAAGCGACCGGCCUCGGCCCGGACGGCGUGCAGUUUGACGAACAAAGCAGGCUGUGGGUCGAUGCGUUGGCGGAGUGGGAGCGUGGAGGAAGGGAGGGAGGUGCACCGCCCGGCGUGAGCGAAGUCCCCGAAGAGCAUGCUGCUGAUAAGAGGGACUACAGGGUCUCGUCGAGCGUAUACCUGCUGCGGCCCGAGACCGUAGAAUCGCUGUUCCUCAUGUGGAAGACCACCAGGGAUGUACGCUGGAGAGAAAGGGGAUGGGCUAUUUACGAAGCCCUUGAGAAGCAUACGCGCGUUGAGCAUGGAUACGCGAUUAUUCGUAAUGUUGACCAAGUGCCAGCAGAAACAAGCGACGAUAUGCCAAGCUUUUUCCUCGCAGAAACGCUGAAAUACCUAUACCUCUUGUUCGCUGAAACGGACAUUAUACCUCUGGAUAAAUGGGUGUUCAACACCGAAGCCCACCCGCUCCCAAUCUUUACCUGGAGUCCUACGGAGCAGGAACAACAUAAUGCAAUGUCUUAG